AUGUCUGAACCUCGCGCUCCCUCGUUCAGGUUCACGGACUUGCCGGCCGAGCUAGUCGUGUCGAUUAUCUUGCUUGCCCAGACAGCAUGGCACAAGGAGCAAUUCUCCGCACAAGCACCGUACGCUGGUGUGAAGCGAUACGAGGUAUCGCGACCUCCUUCGGCGUCGUCCGCCGUGCUCCCAUGUUGCGACGGCUUGCGGUGGGAUUUCAGCCGUCCUACUUGCAUAUUGUCGUCGUCCGAUCUUCCUGCUGGCUUGCCGUCACCCGCCCACAGUGCUUCUCAGGUGUGCAGAUGGCUCCGCGGCAUACUGCUGGAGGAGAACUCGGCGAUCUGGCGACUGGACAAUACCCUCUACCCGUCGAUCGCCCAGCGCUCUGGGGAAACCCGCACGAUCCUACAUGGACAGACCAUUCUGGGGUACGGGGCUCUCAGCCUGGUGGCGGUCGACGUCUGCAUUUGCGUUCUACGUGGUCUUUCUUCCUUCUACUCCAGUCUACAGUGGGUGAAGCUUCGGCUACCUUGGUCCGGUGAUCGCUCGCUGGUGCACGAGCUGCAGCAGUUCCUGUACAACAACAGGGGCCGAGCGAAUAGUCCCCUGCGUCACUUUGACCUGGAGGCUCUAGACCCAAAGCCACUUCAAGUGGGCAGGAGAGGAAAUUGGCAUGUGACCGCCGUUGAGAGCGAGGAGCUACAGGCCAGCCGCUUCUCUGGCACCGAUAUCUUUUACUAUUCAAAAACUCUGAACUCUCUAUGUCUUCACCACCGUCCCGACUCCGAUAUUGUGUUCUUUGGGGUGUCGUUAUCGACCGGUCUCUCGGCGUGCGCUGCCACGAUAGAGUUCUUGACAAUUGACAUCGGGGGACGCGUCGGGGCAGACAUCGAGGGAAGCGUCGCAUUUCCUAAGCUUCGCCAUUUCCGACUUUGUACGGAUCCGGGUUUCGCUCCGCUCCUACUGCGCUGGAUGAUCUUACCCUACGCGCUUGACCUGCAUCUGGAGGUCAUUGAGUCCUGGAGGAAGAGCUUUGUGACGAAACACGCGGGGAUAUACGAACUCCCCUUCUGGCCUUCAGAACAUGCUCCCCCUCUCCUCUUUCUAUUCAGGCAGCCACAAGACUUUGUGCAAAGCCUAGCGCAGCCGCACCGCACCACUACGAUUCAACCCAACCUCGAAGCACAUUAUCCCGUGGCAGCCGAUGAUCCAGCUGAAAUGCUGUGGCGGCGCUCAACAUCGGUGAUAGGACUAGAUGUGCGCAUCGAUCCGUCCACGAAGUCACGCGAGCCGGCGGCGGCGCGGUUCCCAGAGCUGGUCGGCGUAACUUUCGCCGAGUCAGUAGACGAGCUCAGACCGGUCUUGGAGGACCCGGUGGCUCGCGAUUGGGAAAGGAGUCGGGACCUAGAGGGCAAGACCGCGGCCAGGCGAUCCCUCACCUUCAGGGACGGGCAGUUCUCUGAGCGAGAACGGGCGCGGGACUUUAAUAGUCAAUGUCCGAAGGCGUUGUACGACACCCUCCGAUACGUACUCGCCGCGGUCCCUGGGC